AACUCAUCCAUCAUUUUUGUGAGCAAUACAACUAUAUAGUUUCUCCCAUCUUCUUGUGUCUUGUUCUUGUGAGUUGAGUGAGUUUGAGAGCUUGUGAGAAGGCUGCCUAGUAUCUCUAACGGAAUUGAGAGCUAGGGCCGCACGACCAAGAGUAAGGCCGUGACAGUUGGUAUCAGAGCCUGGUUCUGAAAGAAGAACCGGUGUCCUCACUCCCCAAGAAGGAAUAUAAGAAAGAGCGAGAGCCUCACCAAAGAUGACUGGAUCAGAAGUCCACGACGAUGCGGAGAAGCACCGUGGAAGGGAUACCGUGAAGAAUCCCAAACCAAAGGGUGACAAGUCAAGCACUCGUGAUCCUAUGACGUCUCUAGAGAGGCGUGUCUCUAGAAUGGAGGUGAAGUUGGCGGAAGACAUCAGUGUCAUCGAGGAUUUGGGAGCAAACUUCACCCAAGUCGAAAGCGAUUUUCAAGGUAUGAAUGCUCGUUUGUCGAGCUUGGAGAUUGGUAAUGAUGGCUUACGAGAAGAGCUUGUGGCCCUCAUAAACAACACCAUCAACACAUCCUUGAACAACGCCAUUGAAGUUGUCAAAGAACAUGUCCAGGCUGAGCUGGUCGGCGUGAAGGAGGAGAUUGCAGACCUCAAGAGUGAGGUCACUCUCGUGAAGAGAGCCAUGGCUAACGGACCUGCCAUCGCACAACCUACCUUAACCAUGGAGAUUCCAAGACCAAAGAGCUUUCAAGGGUCGAGGAAUGCAAGGGAGUUAGAGAACUUCCUAUGGAGCUUGGAGCAAUACUCCGAAGCUUCGGGUAUUCGAGAUGAGAAUACAAAGGUAAAAACUGCACCUCUUUACUUGAGUGAUGUUGCCAUGCUGUGGUGGAGAAGGACCCUAGGCGAUAUCAAUAAAGGGGCGUGCGUGAUGGAGUCAUGGGAUGACUUCAAGAGGGAGAUCAAGAAACAAUUCUACCCAGAGAAUGUUGAGUUUGAAGCCCGGUCGAGACUAAGGAGGCUUGCUCACGAAGGAGAGAUUCGAGGGUAUGUGAAAGAGUUUUCUGAAUUGUUGCUCGAGAUCCCCGACUACACCGACAAGGAGGCCAUGUUCACCUUCCUUGACGGCCUCCAACCAUGGGCGAAGUUGGAGCUACAACGGCGAGGCGUGCAAAGUCUUGCCGAGGCAAUGGCGAUUGCCGAGUCCCUAGUCGAGUACCACGAGCCGGAGGAACGUGCGGAGUUCGGAGGCAAUGGAGGUGGACGCGACUAUGAUAGAGACACACGAAGGCGUGGUAGACCGGACCAAGGAGGUAGUCAUAAGGUUGAGAAACCACUUACUUGCUUUCUUUGUGAUGGUCCACAUCGUGUGAGAGAUUGCCCAAGAAAGCACAAGUUGUCGGCAAUGAAGGCCGUACUAGCAGAGUGCUCGAGCUCGGAAGAGGAAGCAGAGGAGACUCCAAGAGUGGAGCCCCAUGUCGCGAAGAUGGGUUGCAUGAAGAGAUUGAGCGCCAUCAAGCGGGCGGAAGAGCCUCUCCAACCCGAGCAGCACGACCAAUGCUUCGUAGAGGCGAAGCUCAACCAAAGGAAAACAAAAGCCUUGGUUGAUACUGGGGCAAGUUGCAACCUUCUUGACGUAGGUGAAGCGCAGAGGCUAGGCAUCACGUACGAGAAGAAGCAAAGAGGGUGGAUGAAAGCUACCAACUCAAGGGCCACAAGAACUCAUGGAGUAACGCGCCAGGUGCCACUCAAGCUUGGAGGAUGGACCGGGGUGGCAGACUUUGAGGUUGUGUCGUUGGAUGAUUAUCAGGUCAUCAUCGGCAUGGAAUUCAUGGUGCGGGAGAAAGCUUUCCCGAUUCCCUACGCCAAUAGAUUCUGCAUCAAUGGCGGAGCAAGAUCGGUUCCCAUGACAAGAGAGCAACUCGAGUCAAACAAGAGGUGUUUGACAAGGCAAGAGCAGCGAGAAGUGGCAACGAUGGUGGAGGCAGAGACUCACUCGAAGACUCGUUGGAGAAGGACGAGAAGGAGGAGUGCACAACAUCGUGGAGCCAUGAGAGACGAGGAUGUAUCAUCUUCGACUUGCCAAGAGAAGCAAGGAAAGGCCACCAUGAUCGAGAAGGCGGGACACUCAAAGACAUGACGGAGAAGACCGCGGAGGAGUGAGCAACAUCAUGGGAGCACAAGGCUCGAGAGCGAGCCAAGGCCAUCCUUGGUUUGGAGGAAGGUGCAACGAGACCUUGCAAGCAAUGAAGCUAAGGCAAGGGAGGCAUCUGCCAAAGAGCCACGACGAGGGCGUCGUGGAUUGAGUGGAGGAGAAUGUCACCAACGAGGCUCAAGAGUCGAAAGAGGCUGCUCGAGGUCGAAGGAGGCAUUUCGUAGCAAGGACGCGACGAGGGCGUCGCGAGCAUAGGUGGGGGAGGAUGUCACAUGUGGCAGAUGACAUGGCGCCAACAAGGUGACAACAUGGCGGCUGCACAUGUGGCGUGUAUGGAAGACUAGUAGCAUAGAGAUGCUCCUAGGAUUCUCCACCUAAAUGAGAGCUUAAUGGUGCACUUAUGAGUCACAUAAUGGGUGACAUUUAUAGAGUGCAUAAUGGGGGGACUUAAUGGGUGUAUUGAUGUAGUAGAGGGACAUUAUGAGGGGCAUUGAUGCCUUGUAUGAGGAGAGGCCUAUAUAAAGAGCCAUCUCCCUCACUUGUAACUCAUCCAUCAUUUUUGUGAGCAAUACAACUAUAUAGUUUCUCCCAUCUUCUUGUGUCUUGUUCUUGUGAGUUGAGUGAGUUUGAGAGCUUGUGAGAAGGCUGCCUAGUAUCUCUAACGGAAUUGAGAGCUAGGGCCGCACGACCAAGAGUAAAGCCGUGACAAUCCCCACCGGGGCUUUGCCCCUGGACCCCACUCGCUGACCGGUCAGCGAGACCCCCGAUUACCAGUCGUAGUGGCUGAUAAUCCGAUUCAAAUCAUAUCAACAAACUCGUUGGUUCUGGAAUCAAGCGACUUGUCGGGGAGUUCAACUUGAGCCGGAGAGUUCAUCGAUGCGACCGAUUCAGAAUCGUCGCCACCGCGGUGCUGCUUGCAUGCAAUGGCGGAGGAGCUUUCAUCGAUGAGGAAUGAGUUGGAUUAAAAAAGAAUCCUUGAAAUUCUUCGGAAUCAUCUUCAUCCUCCGCAUUCUCAUCGGCAGCCUCCAGAAUUGAGAUAAAUCUGCCGCCGGCGGUGGGGAUAGCAACUUCGUCGUCAUCGUAAGACCUCAAAUCGGACAAUUUAGGCGUCAAUGGCUGCUGAGGCGGGAAGUGAAGGUUGACCAUAACGACCUUCUGGAUUCUUUCAUGGAAUAAAAGGACUCAACCACGAGCAAAUUGCCGAAAAGUAAUGAGAGUUAUCUUCGACGCCGCUAAGGACAUCACAGCCAGUGCUCAAUCACUGUAAGUUUUUUCUUUUGUUUUUUGUUCCCAAAAGUGAAUCUUUAGGAAUUCAUUGAACAGGGGAAAGGGUAUAAUUGUUGGAAAUGGAACUGAUUUUAGAAUUUUUUGUUUUGUUUGGGAAAGAACAACAGGCGAUAGCGAAGUAGAUGAUUAGCAGGGGAAAGGGAGUUCUGAGUUGGGGAGAUAUAAAGCAGAUGUCCAUCUCCUCCAUUGUGGAAUAAGAUUGGGGAAGAAGAUUUGGUGGUCGAGGGUUGUGGAUUUGGAAGGGCAGGCAGAUUGGGGAAGAAGAGUUCGCUGGCAGGUGAAGAGAAAUUGGGAGAUGCAGAGAGCUCGACAAGAAGGGAAAGGGAAAAUCCCGGUAUACGGUAUUAUUGAUUUGCCGUCGGUUAUUUACCGGAUUGGAUUCGGUAUACCGAGGACUGAAUUAUUGCCACCGUAUAUUGGUACCAUCGGUUAACGGUACAACCGGUUAUCGUCGGUUAUCGGUUCGGUAACUGGUUAUACUGCUAAUCGGCAAAUCGAAUACCAUCGAAUACCACCCCUAAUUGAAACUCUCCCAACCGCUAAAAUUUGGUGACUUUUGACGUCUGGAGAUGUAAUCAUGUUUAUAAUGAGUUGUAAUAUUUUUUUAGCUACAUAAUAGUGUCACGCUUGGCUUCACGUGGAUGGCGACCUUACUUAGUGGCCUUUUAAGACUUCCAACUCUUUAAGUACGUAGUAGUGGAGCCGUGAUGCAUUUUAAGUUUUUAACAUUGGCGCAUACACGUCACUGUGCUUUCAAAUUUUUCAAAUUAAUAGAAACACUUUUCUUUG